AGUAUAUCACUAGGUGUGAUAUUCGUAAGUCAAUCUGACAGUUUUCUACUGGCCUGUUUAUUAUUACAACAUAGUAAAAACCUGAAAUUAAGGCUUUUAUUUUUUGGUGUUCCACCUCAAGGUUUUAAGUAGCCCCAUUUGGCCACCCCUAUGAAGAACUUCUGGAGGUGCCACUGAUUUGGAAUUGGCAGUAUAGCGCUACUCCAAAACCUUGUGGUUGUUUCAUGAUUUUCUUGCCUGUGAGUGAAUGAGUGCAGGUGUGUUCCAUUUACGUCUUUCGCUCCCCCUCCGCCCAGUUUCCCGCCGCCCUCCAAGUGGCCUCCGUGUGACGUCAUAGCAAGUGCUUAGGACAAGUGAGCGAGGGCAACUAAAACCGUGAUUGGAACGCAGCCCUAGUCUAGCGGCCCCUCGCGAAGAGGAAAAGCUCUUACGGUGAUCCUGGUGAUAGUUUUAUUUUCCAAUGUAAACUGCUUUAUUUUCUUAUGGUUCAAGGGAACGGUUUUGCAAGGUUUGAUAAAAAAAAGACACCAAAUCAUCAGUCAAGUCUCACCCUUAUUCGGAGCAGGUCCGCUACAGUAACUUUAAUGUGGCACAUAAAAAUCAUAAAAAUGAUGCACAGGAAAAUGUUAACUUGUUUCUGUUUUCUGGCAAUUUGACCCUGUUGAGAGAAAUGGUGGAGGAAAUGUUUUGUAUUCAUAAAUGUGUCCUCAGUUGAUGUUGAAAUAAUGUUCCUAUUGCUUGUUAAUAUUGACAUAUUAUCUUUUCGCCACAAGAUAGCAGGAUGGGGCUUAAUUGUCUAAAGUGCUACAUUUAUUACUUCUUUGUGUUUGACUUUGAUGACUUUGAUUUGUGGGAUUGCCUGUGAAGACAGCAAUGAGAGAGGAUGUAUCCGCAUGUCAAUGGAAAUUAAAUACGCCGAGUUUUGGCUAAAAGACAACUUAUUCUCAGUCAAUUCUUCCUACGAAUGCAACGUUGAGCUGCAACCACCUCAACAGGUUAUGGGCCCAGGAGUCAUUCGAAGGUAAAGUCAGUUUCCAUCGUGUAGAAGGUCGCGAAGGACAGCGUGCUCACGGACUGCUGAUUAGCGGAAAAAGCUAACAGGCAACAUGGAUCCACGAGGAACAAGUAGGUUACCUCAACUGGCAUUUGACGGAGAUGAAGCUAAAUAUGAACUCUGGGAAACUAAAAUGUUGGGACAUUUUCAUCUAAUCGGGCUAAAGAAGGUAGGACCAACCACUGAAGCAGAGAGAGAAAAUGAUGAAAUGAAAAAUGCGGACGCGUAUGCUGAAAUGAUACAACUUCUUGAUGAUAAAAGCCUUUCAUUAAUAAUGAGAGAUGCGCCAAAUGACGAAAGAAAAGCUCUGAAAAUAUUAAGAGAAUAUUAUGCUGGGAAAGGAAAAUCCAGGAUUAUAAAUUUGUACACUGUACUAACAUCUCUUCAAAAGGGAACCGAAGAAAGCAUAGUGGACUACAUAAUAAGAGCUGAGACCGCCAUCACAGCAUUGCGAAAUGCAGGUGAAACAAUGGCAGAUGGUCUACUUAUUGCAAUGGUCUUGAAGGGGCUGCCAGAAAGUUACAAGCCAUUUACAAUUCAUGUGGCACAUACUGAUGAGAACAUGACAUUUGCAGAAUUCAAAACCAAACUCCGAAGUUUUGAAGAAACGGAAAAGUUAAAUGCAGCAGAAUCAAGCAACAGAGUGAUGAAGACUCAAGCAAGAGCUUCAAAGCAAGCCACAAAAGCAAACGCCCGUGACCGGAUCAAAGACGACACAGAGUUGGUGUGCUUCAAAUGUGGGAUCAAAGGCCACCGUGCAAAAUCAUGUCGACAAAAGACAUGGUGUAGUCGGUGCAAAACGGACACGCACAAAGACACCACUUGCAGACGCAAGGAAAAACCGGACGGAGCGAGAAAAAUUGCUGAAGAUAGAGAUCCUGACUUCGCAUUCAAGGUGAGAGAUGAACAGCCCGACACCAGGCGUCAGGAUACACACAACAUCCGGGAACGAGGCCUGAUGGUGGACACGGGAGCGACAUCUCAUAUCAUCACUGACGUGACCAAGUUCAAAAGAUUCCAGGAGACGUUCAAACCAGAGAACCACAGCGUCGAGUUGACAGAUGGUACCCGGUGCAGUGGAGUCGCACUAAAAAGAGAAGAUGGUGUCGCACUAAAAAGAGAAAAUGCGGAGUGCUACCUGAUUGACAACGGAAGACAUGAUAGCUGAUAUCAUGACAAAACCUGUAACAAAGUUAAAAUUAAAGAAGUUUGACAGUGUUAUUUUUGGAAUUUGAAAUUUAAAAGUUCCUUUGGUUGUUAAAAAGGCCAUCAACAUGAGAACAAGUGGGGGUGUUGAGAGAAAUGGUGGAGGAAAUGUUUUGUAUUCAUAAAUGUGUCCUCAGUUGAUGCUGAAAUAAUGUUCCUAUUGCUUGUUAAUAUUGACAUAUUAUCUUUUCGCCGCAAGAUGGCAGGAUGGGACUUAAUUGUCUAAAGUGCUACAUUUAUUACUUCUUUGUGUUUGACUUUGAUGACUUUGAUAUGUGGGAUUGCCUAUGAAGACAGCAAUGAGAGAGGAUGUAUCCGCAUGUCAAUGGAAAUUAAAUACGCCGAGUUUUGGCUAAAAGACAACUUAUUCUCUGUCAAUUCUUCCUACGAAUGCAACGUUGAGCUGCAACCACCUCAACAGACCCCACGCUGUUCUUUGAAGUAGACUUAAAAAAGUUCCCGUUCAACCCGAGAUCGGCCAAAACAAGUGUGCGACAACUGUGGGACUAUUGGAUUUACCAGGAAGAAGUCAAGUCCAGUCAAGCGCUAAAAUGCCCGGGCCAGAUGUGGUCGACUUGGAGGUUUUCGUCGAAUCGGGAAAUGGUGAAAGGGCUGCAGCUUCAACAUCUUAUGAGAAUGACUACGCCUUAGUCAGCGGGGCAAGAUCACAUUCAAAGCCACCGAGUGGUGCCAAGUUGGCGAGGUCAAAGUUCACAACCGAACGAAAAGCCUUGGUGGUUUUUGGCGUUCUUCUGAUCUCAGCACUUGUAGCCCUUCGUUGGCUCGCGUACCAAAUUGUUCAGCUCAAGAGGAACCACCAACAGCUUUUGUCUGAUUACGAAGAGUUGAAAAACAGUUUGCCUACCACCCAAGUAUUCCAAGAGAGUACCUGCUGGAGAUGUGACUUUCAGUGGGAACUCAAAGGAGAAAGCUGCUACUAUUUCUCGGAAUCCAAUACCACUUGGAAGCGCAGCCGAGAAUUUUGCGAGCGUCGAACCAGUGACCUAGUGAAGAUCGACAGCCGCGACGAGCAGAUAUUUUUGCAACUGAGACUGAAGGAUAUAAUGUCCUCCCCAGAGGACAAAUUCUGGAUCGGCCUGACAGACUCCCGGCAAGAGGGUCAAUGGCUGUGGGUGGAUGAGUCCUGUCUGGAUCCAAGCUUCAAAUUCUGGGCCCGCAAUCAGCCUGACGAUUAUCAACCCGAGAAAGGCGGCGAGGACUGCGUGGGCAUAGGUCAGAAGGGCAGCUCUACCAACUUCAACAACUGGUUCGAUAAAGCCUGUGAGGUUCCACACAGGUUGAUCUGCGAGAAGGCGGCGCAGAGAAGAUCGGAACCUUGGGUUCUCUGAAUUUGUCCUCACAUAAAGACUGAAAGAUGAGCAUUCACAGGCACAAUUGGACUUUUAUCAUUGUCAAAUGAAGCGAAUGUAACGUACAGAAAUCAAGUUUCAUAAAUUCAGCAAACUCCUCCUCCCUCCGUCUUGCCUUCAUUUUAUAUUGAGCUCACGAAAUCGGAAAUAUAUACAAAACAUUCAAGACUAAAUGUAAAUAUGACAUCAGGUAUUUAUCAAACUGUACACUAUUAAUCAAUUGUUUAGCUAACUGCUGGAAAUACGCUUUAAUUGCUUAAAAAUGUGGCAUUUUCCAGUCAUUUUGUUAUCACUGUGUUAUAUACUUUGAUUCAUCUUAUUUCUGAAAUAAAGUGGAAAAACAGCCAUCAGUUCUAGUGUUGCACCAAUACCAUUUUUAAAAAAUAUUUGAAACACUUUUUUUCUUUUUUUACAAAAUUACUGCAUACUCGCCUUACUAAAGUAAUUCCUAUCAGAGUUUGGUCUGACACAGCUUAACUCAUUUUCUGCUAUUAACGGCAAUAGACUGUUCAUUCGCAGCCACCCUUCAACUUCAAAUGGAUUUUUUUGGCCAAAUGUUGUGAUCAUUAUUUUGUAAGAACUAUCUGCAAGGGCGUAGGUUUGCAUAGAGACGGUAGGGACAUGACACCACCAACUUUUCAGGAUGCUUAAAUUGUCCCCCACAACUUUUUAGCAACCUUAUUUGCAUUAUAUAAUGACUUCAGUUAUAUAGGUAAAUUAGAUUGUUUCCCCAUACGUUGUUGUGAUACAUUAUUAAGUGAAAUAUUUUCAUUACGAUAAGACUUACAUUUAUCCCUUUUCACCGCUGAGUGUGCCAGUCCAUUUUUUCCCCUCAAAUCCACGUUUGAUUGGCUGAUGACAUGGACCCCGGUCCCCCCACACAGAGACACAAACACACACAUGCACUCACAGCCCCAGCCCCAUGCCGCCUCCUCCACCUCCUUCGAAGAGGAGGGUUACUAGAAGGUUUUUUUUUCGACCAGCUGCAGCUACUGUAUUUAAUGUAAAAAGACGUCAAUGUUGUGGAAGUGGGAAACACACCACUAAUUUUGCUCCUGAAAGUCCGACCUGUAUCAGCGUUAACAUAACAUUGCGUGAAUUUGCUAACUGUGUUAAUUUGCUAACUUGCAAAACUUGAGUAAGAAGUUGCUUAGAAAGAGGUGUCCUCCUGUAUGUAUUUUCUACUGUUAAUCUUAAUUAA